UUAAUCUGUGUAUUGGGUUGAUAUUUCAGCAGAAGGUGGUUGACAGUUGAAGAAUAACACUACCCUAAUCUGCUCAUAUGGGUUGGGGACCUGGGUGGUAGCCCUGCUUGCUUCCACAGCCAGGUUGUUCUGACACAAACAUGGGGAAACUUCAGAGCAAGUUCCGACGGUCGCGCUCUGAACUGUACAGGGCGACCAAAGGUAAUGGCGAGGAUGCUGCUGUCAGUCAGGUGAUACAGUAUGAACCCGCCCACCGUGAUGCCGUCAACUGUGUCACCAACCUGACCUCAGACCUUUGUGUGUCUGGGGGAGGUGACAUGGCAGUGGUUGUGUAUGACUGGAGAGGAGGGAAGUUAUGUCAGUCAUUCCAAGGUCACAACAGAGAGGUUACCAAGGUGGAGUGUUUUCCUGGCAGCACCUGGAUCUUCAGUGCGUCUCGAGACAAGAGUGUUAUGAUGUGGGACCUCAACCAGGGGGACGAGCCCAUCCAGGAGUUCUGUGGCCAUGAGCUGGUGGUCAACGGGCUGGCCGUCAGUCCAGAUGGGUCGAGGCUGUGCACUGGUUCCCGUGACAACUCCAUGUGCCUCUGGGACAUUGAGUCUGGCGAGCGUGUGCAUAAGAACACAGUCUCCAGAAACCUGGUUACUCAUGUGUGCUGGGUACCUGAGAGCAGCUCCAUCGUUCAGACAUCCGAGGAUAAAACCAUCAGGGUGUGGGACAGUCGUACCUGGCAGGUCACUAACACGUUCCCAGCCAAGCAAUACAUCCAGACACACUGUGACAUCAGCGCCAACGGUAACCACCUCCUGUCCAGCAGCAAUGGCUUCGGAGGCCAAGGCUGUGAGGCUACGCUUUGGGACCUCAGGCAGCCUGGCUGUAAGGUGGUGGAGUACCGGGGCCACCGUGAGACCACCGCUUGCUGUGUGUUCCUGCCCUCCAGCCCCGGGGGCCCUGCGCUCGUAGCGUCCUCCUCUCAUGACUGCUCAGUCAAAAUCUGGGAUCAAAACACUGCAGCCUGUCUGACCACUCUGACCCUGGAUGGAUCAGGUCCUUUGGUGUCUUUGGCCCCAAGUGACUCCAGCAGUCUGCUGUGUGCCAGCUUUAACACAGGGCUCCACGUACUCCACCAUCACACGGAUGGGCUGGACCUAAAGGAGGUGGCGCGCUUCUGAUAAGGGCUGUCCCUUCUGACAGGAAGUCCCUUCUGACAGGAAGUCCCUUCUGACAGGACUGGUGCCGGCACGGUAACCCGAAACCCCAAAUCACCUACACUGUGGGCCACACAGACCUCCAAGCCAGCGAGGCCCUUUAAGUCAGAUGGACCUGAUCAGGAGACACCAUCCCUGGGUCAACUGAUGGGAGAAGACCCCUGCGAGUCAUUCUAAAAUCAGGGAGAGCCCUAAGACAUUGUACUCAGAGCAUCAGGCGAGGCCCAACUGCUUUGGGAUGUCUUGGUACAACAGAAAUGUUUUGGAUGUUUGGAGACUAAGUGGAUAGUGAUAGCUUUAGCAAGUACAAUUAGCCAAAUUGCUAACUGUAAGUAGACAAUUGUGGAAUCGUUAAUCAGAUAGUUUAGGAAAAACUGUAACCACUAUAAAAUAGAGCAGGCAAAUAAAUCAUGAAUCGUUUAGAGCAGGGGUGUAUUCACUAGGAACCAAACGGGCCCAAAACGUGGAGAGACUAAACUGAACUUGUCCAAAAAGUGCAAAUGUUCAUUGCAAAAUAUUCAGUUGCAAAACGCAUGUUGCUAGUUUACUACGGUGUGCACUAAUGAAUACACCCCAGUCGUGUCCCACUCUAAUAAAGCGUCUACUUCAGACCGGACUUGGGUGAAACUUCACAGGAGGAGAUUGACACUUGCGUUCUUACGACAGUUUAUUUGAAAUGGCUUCACGACCCCAUUUUAAUCAUAUAAUAACAAAUUUAUGCCAAAUUUUAUCAGAUGCUUUUAUCCAAAAUGAUGACUUAGUCAUGCGUGCAUAUAUAUAUAUUUUUUACGUAUGAGUGGUGCCGGGAAUCGAACCCACUACCCUGGUGUUGCAAGCGUCAUACUCUACCAGCUGAGCUACAGCGCAACUCGGCAGUGCUAAUGUCGACCCAGGUUGUGAUACUCGACUUCUGUGACAUACUCCGUUAUUAUGCUGGCAAAAAUGUAACUUAUGGAAUGCAAUGUAUUUGUAUUAAACUGACUGAGAUACUGCCACACUGUAGGUCAGCGUUUGCCAAACUAGGGGUUGCGACCCCAUAUGGGGUCACCAGUUUUGAAAAUAGGGGUCUCGAGAGAAACUCUGGAAAAAAAUGUUACAUUUGCGCUUGGUUAAUAGAGGCGGGAUUCAUUCAGUAACCUCCGGUAGUCGCUAGAUAUGGUUGUAAUAAACAGAGGGGUUCUGUUUUCUUCCUACAAACGUGGCUCCAUCUUUCGAACGGUUUAAGCUACAAAAUAUUAUGACCCCCCCCCCCAUCACUGAAUGAUAAGACUCUCAGGAACACAUGUGUGUCUUCCCUUCUGCAAUGCCCAAAAGCAAGACUCAUUUAGAACAGAAUGGACAAGUCCAACAAGCAGAACUCGUUAGAACAGCGUGGACAAGACCAGGCACUAAAUCAGACUGGGGGAGGAAAUAACAUCAAUGACAAUGUAACUUUCUUCACAGAAAAUCAUUGGCUGAUGAUCUUCUGAACUUCCCAAUGCAUUUCAGUCAUUUCAAAACAUAUGUCCUUCAGAUUGAAAUACUGUCAAAAGUACUGUCAGACUGAUUUGUAAUAGACUGACAUAGCCCAAAUUUAAAAAGUUAACAUUGGCUGUUGAUUACAUCACUUUUUUUUUUCAAAUUUUGGGGUCGCGAAAACAUUUUUCAUAUCAAAGUGGGGUCGCGGGUCAAAACAGUUUGGGAAUCCCUGCCGUAGAUAGUUACCUCUGAGGAAUUGGAUAGGCACGGAGAGACACUAUACCAACACAUCAUGAAAGGGCUUUAGCUACAGUAGUUAAUUUGCCAGUUACAUGGCUAACACAUUCUGAUGGGAACACAUCCAAUACAGUUUCAAGUUUUAAUGUCAUGUGCACAAGUACAGUGAAAAUGCCUUUUCUUUCAAGCUCCAAAUGUAGCACAAAAAAAAAAGAACAAGGUAGAACAAAAAUAAGAAGAACACAAAGUAAGAAGCUAC